AUGAUUCAGUAUAAAGGAUUAAGCAGUAGUGCUAUUAUCAUUUUAUUAUACAUUAUUAUAUAUUCUAUUAUUAUUGCUAUACAUACGUUAUUAUACGUAGACGUAGCGCAAACGGAACAAACAGAACCGUUGGAUUUAUCAAUAUCAAAAGUGAAAGAGGAAGGAAAUAAAUCGCAAGGCUUAUCAGUGAAAAGAGUGAGUGAUGAACGAAUUAAACCGCGACGACUUGUUCCAAUCGAAACACUGAUGGAAGUAAUUGAACCAGAAAAAGAAAGCACAGGAAAGAAACGGCGUUGUGAUAUAUGUCAAAAGGAAAUAACACAUAUGAAAAAACAUGUGAUGACUCAUACCGGUGAAAAGCCGUAUAGUUGUCCAGUAUGCAAGAGAAAUUUCACUCAAUCCUGCCAUAUAAAAAAUCAUAUGAUGACUCAUACUGGUGAAAAGCCGUAUAGUUGUUCGAUAUGCAAAAAGAAUUUUAUUCAGUCCAGCAGUAUGAAAGCACAUAUGGUGGUUCAUACCGGUGAGAAGCCGUACAGUUGUUCCAUAUGCAAAAAGAAUUUCGCUGAUCUCUGUAAUAUGAAAAGGCAUAAGAAGACUCAUACCGGUGAAAAGCCGUAUAGUUGUUCAGUAUGCAAGAGAAAUUUCACUCAAUCCUGCCAUAUAAAAAAUCAUAUGAUGACUCAUACUGGUGAAAAACCUCAUAGUUGUCCACUAUGCAAGAGAAAUUUCACUCAGUUCGGGGAUAUGAAAAAACAUGUGAUGAUUCAUACUGGUGAAAAGCCGUACAGUUGUUCGAUAUGCAAAAAGAAUUUUAUUCAGUCCAGCAGUAUGAAAUCACAUAUGAUGAUUCAUACCAGUGAAAAGCCGCACAGUUGUUCGAUAUGCAAAAGGAAUUUCGGUGAUCUCCGUAAUAUGAAAAGACAUAUGACGACGACUCAUGCUGGUGAAAAGCCGUACAGUUGUUCGAUAUGCAAAAAGAAUUUCACUCGGUCUGACAGUAUGAAAUCACAUAUGAUGAUUCAUACGGGUGAAAGCCGUAUAGUAGCGCAAACGGAACAAACAGAACCGUUGGAUUUAUCAAUAUCAAAAGUGAAAGAGGAAGGAAAUAAAUCGCAAGGCUUAUCAGUGAAAAGAGUGAGUGAUGAACGAAUUAAACCGCGACGACUUGUUCCAAUCGAAACACUGACGGAAGUAAUUGAACCAGAAAAAGAAAGCACAGGAAAGAAACGGCGUUGUGAUAUAUGUCAAAAGGAAAUAACACAUAUGAAAAAUCAUAUGAUGACUCAUACUGCUGAAAAGCCGUAUAGUUGUCCACUAUGCAAGAGAAAUUUCACUCAGUUCGGGAAUAUGAAAAAACAUGUGAUGAUUCAUACUGGUGAAAAGCCGUACAGUUGUUCGAUAUGCAAAAAGAAUUUUAUUCAGUCCAGCAGUAUGAUAGCACAUAUGGUGGUUCAUACCGGUGAGAAGCCGUACAGUUGUUCCAUAUGCAAAAAGAAUUUCGGUGAUCUCUGUAAUAUGAAAAGGCAUAAGAAGACUCAUACUGGUGAAAAGCCGUAUAGUUGUCCAGUAUGCAAGAGAAAUUUCACUCAAUCCUGCCAUAUAAAAAAUCAUAUGAUGACUCAUACUGGUGAAAAAUCUCAUAGUUGUCCAGUAUGCAAGAGAAAUUUCACUCAGUUCGGGGAUAUGAAAAAACAUGUGAUGAUUCAUACUGGUGAAAAGCCGUACAGUUGUUCAAUAUGCAAAAAGAAUUUCAGUCGGUCCAACAGUAUGAAAGCACAUAUGGUGAUUCAUACCGGUGAAAAGCCUUACUGUUGUUCGAUAUGCAAAAGGAAUUUCGGUGAUCUCCGUAAUAUGAAAAGACAUAUGACGACGACUCAUGCUGGUGAAAAGCCGUACAGUUGUUCGAUAUGCAAAAAGAAUUUCACUCGGUCUGACAGUAUGAAAUCACAUAUGAUGAUUCAUACGGGUGAAAGCCGUAUAGUAGCGCAAACGGAACAAACAGAACCGUUGGAUUUAUCAAUAUCAAAAGUGAAAGAGGAAGGAAAUAAAUCGCAAGGCUUAUCAGUGAAAAGAGUGAGUGAUGAACGAAUUAAACCGCGACGACUUGUUCCAAUCGAAACACUGAUGGAAGUAAUUGAACCAGAAAAAGAAAGCACAGGAAAGAAACGGCGUUGUGAUAUAUGUCAAAAGGAAAUAACACAUAUGAAAAAACAUGUGAUGACUCAUACCGGUGAAAAGCCGUAUAGUUGUCCAUCCAGCAGUAUGAAAGCACAUAUGGUGGUUCAUACCGGUGAGAAGCCGUACAGUUGUUCCAUAUGCAAAAAGAAUUUCGCUGAUCUCUGUAAUAUGAAAAGGCAUAAGAAGACUCAUACUGGUGAAAAGCCGUAUAGUUGUUCAGUAGCGCAAACGGAACAAACAGAACCGUUGGAUUUAUCAAUAUCAAAAGUGAAAGAGGAAGGAAAUAAAUCGCAAGGCUUAUCAGUGAAAAGAGUGAGUGAUGAACGAAUUAAACCGCGACGACUUGUUCCAAUCGAAACACUGAUGGAAGUAAUUGAACCAGAAAAAGAAAGCACAGGAAAGAAACGGCGUUGUGAUAUAUGUCAAAAGGAAAUAACACAUAUGAAAAAACAUGUGAUGACUCAUACCGGUGAAAAGCCGUAUAGUUGUCCAGUAUGCAAGAGAAAUUUCACUCAAUCCUGCCAUAUAAAAAAUCAUAUGAUGACUCAUACUGGUGAAAAGCCGUAUAGUUGUUCGAUAUGCAAAAAGAAUUUUAUUCAGUCCAGCAGUAUGAAAGCACAUAUGGUGGUUCAUACCGGUGAGAAGCCGUACAGUUGUUCCAUAUGCAAAAAGAAUUUCGCUGAUCUCUGUAAUAUGAAAAGGCAUAAGAAGACUCAUACCGGUGAAAAGCCGUAUAGUUGUUCAGUAUGCAAGAGAAAUUUCACUCAAUCCUGCCAUAUAAAAAAUCAUAUGAUGACUCAUACUGGUGAAAAACCUCAUAGUUGUCCACUAUGCAAGAGAAAUUUCACUCAGUUCGGGGAUAUGAAAAAACAUGUGAUGAUUCAUACUGGUGAAAAGCCGUACAGUUGUUCGAUAUGCAAAAAGAAUUUUAUUCAGUCCAGCAGUAUGAAAUCACAUAUGAUGAUUCAUACCAGUGAAAAGCCGCACAGUUGUUCGAUAUGCAAAAGGAAUUUCGGUGAUCUCCGUAAUAUGAAAAGACAUAUGACGACGACUCAUGCUGGUGAAAAGCCGUACAGUUGUUCGAUAUGCAAAAAGAAUUUCACUCGGUCUGACAGUAUGAAAUCACAUAUGAUGAUUCAUACGGGUGAAAGCCGUAUAGUAGCGCAAACGGAACAAACAGAACCGUUGGAUUUAUCAAUAUCAAAAGUGAAAGAGGAAGGAAAUAAAUCGCAAGGCUUAUCAGUGAAAAGAGUGAGUGAUGAACGAAUUAAACCGCGACGACUUGUUCCAAUCGAAACACUGACGGAAGUAAUUGAACCAGAAAAAGAAAGCACAGGAAAGAAACGGCGUUGUGAUAUAUGUCAAAAGGAAAUAACACAUAUGAAAAAUCAUAUGAUGACUCAUACUGCUGAAAAGCCGUAUAGUUGUCCACUAUGCAAGAGAAAUUUCACUCAGUUCGGGAAUAUGAAAAAACAUGUGAUGAUUCAUACUGGUGAAAAGCCGUACAGUUGUUCGAUAUGCAAAAAGAAUUUUAUUCAGUCCAGCAGUAUGAUAGCACAUAUGGUGGUUCAUACCGGUGAGAAGCCGUACAGUUGUUCCAUAUGCAAAAAGAAUUUCGGUGAUCUCUGUAAUAUGAAAAGGCAUAAGAAGACUCAUACUGGUGAAAAGCCGUAUAGUUGUCCAGUAUGCAAGAGAAAUUUCACUCAAUCCUGCCAUAUAAAAAAUCAUAUGAUGACUCAUACUGGUGAAAAAUCUCAUAGUUGUCCAGUAUGCAAGAGAAAUUUCACUCAGUUCGGGGAUAUGAAAAAACAUGUGAUGAUUCAUACUGGUGAAAAGCCGUACAGUUGUUCAAUAUGCAAAAAGAAUUUCAGUCGGUCCAACAGUAUGAAAGCACAUAUGGUGAUUCAUACCGGUGAAAAGCCUUACUGUUGUUCGAUAUGCAAAAAGAAUUUCAGUCGAUCCGACAGUAUGAAAGCACAUAUGGUGAUUCAUACCGGUGAAAAGCCGUAUAGUUGUUCGAUAUGCGGAAAAAGUUACCCCCAAAAACGCAGUUUGCAGACUCACAUGGUAAUUCAUGACAUGAAUAGACCUGUCUACCAGUGUACUGUAUGCAGUAAAGAUUUUCAGACUAAAUCCGAACCGUUGGAUUUAUCAAUAUCAAAAGUGAAAGAGGAAGGAAAUAAAUCGCAAGGCUUAUCAGUGAAAAGAGUGAGUGAUGAACGAAUUAAACCGCGACGACUUGUUCCAAUCGAAACACUGAUGGAAGUAAUUGAACCAGAAAAAGAAAGCACAGGAAAGAAACGGCGUUGUGAUAUAUGUCAAAAGGAAAUAACACAUAUGAAAAAACAUGUGAUGACUCAUACCGGUGAAAAGCCGUAUAGUUGUCCAUCCAGCAGUAUGAAAGCACAUAUGGUGGUUCAUACCGGUGAGAAGCCGUACAGUUGUUCCAUAUGCAAAAAGAAUUUCGCUGAUCUCUGUAAUAUGAAAAGGCAUAAGAAGACUCAUACCGGUGAAAAGCCGUAUAGUUGUUCAGUAGCGCAAACGGAACAAACAGAACCGUUGGAUUUAUCAAUAUCAAAAGUGAAAGAGGAAGGAAAUAAAUCGCAAGGCUUAUCAGUGAAAAGAGUGAGUGAUGAACGAAUUAAACCGCGACGACUUGUUCCAAUCGAAACACUGACGGAAGUAAUUGAACCAGAAAAAGAAAGCACAGGAAAGAAACGGCGUUGUGAUAUAUGUCAAAAGGAAAUAACACAUAUGAAAAAACAUGUGAUGACUCAUACCGGUGAAAAGCCGUAUAGUUGUCCAGUAUGCAAGAGAAAUUUCACUCAAUCCUGCCAUAUAAAAAAUCAUAUGAUGACUCAUACUGCUGAAAAGCCGUAUAGUUGUCCACUAUGCAAGAGAAAUUUCACUCAGUUCGGGAAUAUGAAAAAACAUGUGAUGAUUCAUACUGGUGAAAAGCCGUACAGUUGUUCGAUAUGCAAAAAGAAUUUUAUUCAGUCCAGCAGUAUGAUAGCACAUAUGGUGGUUCAUACCGGUGAGAAGCCGUACAGUUGUUCCAUAUGCAAAAAGAAUUUCGCUGAUCUCUGUAAUAUGAAAAGGCAUAAGAAGACUCAUACUGGUGAAAAGCCGUAUAGUUGUCCAGUAUGCAAGAGAAAUUUCACUCAAUCCUGCCAUAUAAAAAAUCAUAUGAUGACUCAUACUGGUGAAAAGCCGUACAGUUGUUCAAUAUGCAAAAAGAAUUUCAGUCGGUCCAACAGUAUGAAAGCACAUAUGGUGAUUCAUACCGGUGAAAAGCCUUACUGUUGUUCGAUAUGCAAAAAGAAUUUCAGUCGAUCCGACAGUAUGAAAGCACAUAUGGUGAUUCAUACCGGUGAAAAGCCGUAUAGUUGUUCGAUAUGCGGAAAAAGUUACCCCCAAAAACGCAGUUUGCAGACUCACAUGGUAAUUCAUGACAUGAAUAGACCUGUCUACCAGUGUACUGUAUGCAGUAAAGAUUUUCAGACUAAAUCCGAACCGUUGGAUUUAUCAAUAUCAAAAGUGAAAGAGGAAGGAAAUAAAUCGCAAGGCUUAUCAGUGAAAAGAGUGAGUGAUGAACGAAUUAAACCGCGACGACUUGUUCCAAUCGAAACACUGAUGGAAGUAAUUGAACCAGAAAAAGAAAGCACAGGAAAGAAACGGCGUUGUGAUAUAUGUCAAAAGGAAAUAACACAUAUGAAAAAACAUGUGAUGACUCAUACCGGUGAAAAGCCGUAUAGUUGUCCAUCCAGCAGUAUGAAAGCACAUAUGGUGGUUCAUACCGGUGAGAAGCCGUACAGUUGUUCCAUAUGCAAAAAGAAUUUCGCUGAUCUCUGUAAUAUGAAAAGGCAUAAGAAGACUCAUACCGGUGAAAAGCCGUAUAGUUGUUCAGUAGCGCAAACGGAACAAACAGAACCGUUGGAUUUAUCAAUAUCAAAAGUGAAAGAGGAAGGAAAUAAAUCGCAAGGCUUAUCAGUGAAAAGAGUGAGUGAUGAACGAAUUAAACCGCGACGACUUGUUCCAAUCGAAACACUGACGGAAGUAAUUGAACCAGAAAAAGAAAGCACAGGAAAGAAACGGCGUUGUGAUAUAUGUCAAAAGGAAAUAACACAUAUGAAAAAACAUGUGAUGACUCAUACCGGUGAAAAGCCGUAUAGUUGUCCAGUAUGCAAGAGAAAUUUCACUCAAUCCUGCCAUAUAAAAAAUCAUAUGAUGACUCAUACUGCUGAAAAGCCGUAUAGUUGUCCACUAUGCAAGAGAAAUUUCACUCAGUUCGGGAAUAUGAAAAAACAUGUGAUGAUUCAUACUGGUGAAAAGCCGUACAGUUGUUCGAUAUGCAAAAAGAAUUUUAUUCAGUCCAGCAGUAUGAUAGCACAUAUGGUGGUUCAUACCGGUGAGAAGCCGUACAGUUGUUCCAUAUGCAAAAAGAAUUUCGCUGAUCUCUGUAAUAUGAAAAGGCAUAAGAAGACUCAUACUGGUGAAAAGCCGUAUAGUUGUCCAGUAUGCAAGAGAAAUUUCACUCAAUCCUGCCAUAUAAAAAAUCAUAUGAUGACUCAUACUGGUGAAAAGCCGUACAGUUGUUCAAUAUGCAAAAAGAAUUUCAGUCGGUCCAACAGUAUGAAAGCACAUAUGGUGAUUCAUACCGGUGAAAAGCCUUACUGUUGUUCGAUAUGCAAAAAGAAUUUCAGUCGAUCCGACAGUAUGAAAGCACAUAUGGUGAUUCAUACCGGUGAAAAGCCGUAUAGUUGUUCGAUAUGCGGAAAAAGUUACCCCCAAAAACGCAGUUUGCAGACUCACAUGGUAAUUCAUGACAUGAAUAGACCUGUCUACCAGUGUACUGUAUGCAGUAAAGAUUUUCAGACUAAAUCCGAACCGUUGGAUUUAUCAAUAUCAAAAGUGAAAGAGGAAGGAAAUAAAUCGCAAGGCUUAUCAGUGAAAAGAGUGAGUGAUGAACGAAUUAAACCGCGACGACUUGUUCCAAUCGAAACACUGAUGGAAGUAAUUGAACCAGAAAAAGAAAGCACAGGAAAGAAACGGCGUUGUGAUAUAUGUCAAAAGGAAAUAACACAUAUGAAAAAACAUGUGAUGACUCAUACCGGUGAAAAGCCGUAUAGUUGUCCAUCCAGCAGUAUGAAAGCACAUAUGGUGGUUCAUACCGGUGAGAAGCCGUACAGUUGUUCCAUAUGCAAAAAGAAUUUCGCUGAUCUCUGUAAUAUGAAAAGGCAUAAGAAGACUCAUACCGGUGAAAAGCCGUAUAGUUGUUCAGUAGCGCAAACGGAACAAACAGAACCGUUGGAUUUAUCAAUAUCAAAAGUGAAAGAGGAAGGAAAUAAAUCGCAAGGCUUAUCAGUGAAAAGAGUGAGUGAUGAACGAAUUAAACCGCGACGACUUGUUCCAAUCGAAACACUGACGGAAGUAAUUGAACCAGAAAAAGAAAGCACAGGAAAGAAACGGCGUUGUGAUAUAUGUCAAAAGGAAAUAACACAUAUGAAAAAUCAUAUGAUGACUCAUACUGCUGAAAAGCCGUAUAGUUGUCCACUAUGCAAGAGAAAUUUCACUCAGUUCGGGAAUAUGAAAAAACAUGUGAUGAUUCAUACUGGUGAAAAGCCGUACAGUUGUUCGAUAUGCAAAAAGAAUUUUAUUCAGUCCAGCAGUAUGAUAGCACAUAUGGUGGUUCAUACCGGUGAGAAGCCGUACAGUUGUUCCAUAUGCAAAAAGAAUUUCGGUGAUCUCUGUAAUAUGAAAAGGCAUAAGAAGACUCAUACUGGUGAAAAGCCGUAUAGUUGUCCAGUAUGCAAGAGAAAUUUCACUCAAUCCUGCCAUAUAAAAAAUCAUAUGAUGACUCAUACUGGUGAAAAAUCUCAUAGUUGUCCAGUAUGCAAGAGAAAUUUCACUCAGUUCGGGGAUAUGAAAAAACAUGUGAUGAUUCAUACUGGUGAAAAGCCGUACAGUUGUUCAAUAUGCAAAAAGAAUUUCAGUCGGUCCAACAGUAUGAAAGCACAUAUGGUGAUUCAUACCGGUGAAAAGCCUUACUGUUGUUCGAUAUGCAAAAAGAAUUUCAGUCGAUCCGACAGUAUGAAAGCACAUAUGGUGAUUCAUACCGGUGAAAAGCCGUAUAGUUGUUCGAUAUGCGGAAAAAGUUACCCCCAAAAACGCAGUUUGCAGACUCACAUGGUAAUUCAUGACAUGAAUAGACCUGUCUACCAGUGUACUGUAUGCAGUAAAGAUUUUCAGACUAAAUCCGGUUUGAAAUCGCACAUGAAGAAUCAUUAA